GAACUGAAGAAGAUGUCUUUCAAGAAUUUACUUUCCGAAUCUCAUUGUAGCUAAGAUGCUUUUUUUAUGAUGAAAUAGAUAUUGAGAUUAGUAUUAAUAAUUGCAGUUUUUUAUUAUAGUGUACUAUAAACGAAAGAAAACUAUGGCAGACAAAGAACCUAGAAGGAGGAAGAAAAAGAGGGAUAUGUCAAGGAAAGAUGAUGUACGAUCAGAUGAUCAGAUGUUUGCUCCUUUAAAGUCAGAAUCAAGGGAUUCUGAUCAAGAAGCAGAAGAAGAAUUUAUUGUGCCUUCACAUCAGCCAAGUAAAUUUGCCAAAUGUGUAUUUCUGUUGCUAUUCUCUGGGUUGGUUAUAUCUAUGAGCUUCAUUUUUAUCUCUCUACAUGGUGCAGAAAAAGGACCUGUAGAUAUUUUCGAUGAUAAUCAUGUAGAACUACAAGACAUAUCACAUGAAGGACAUGAUGAAAUUGAAAGUUGGAGUGAUCAUGAAUCCCUUGAAGAGGACAUUAGGGACGUAUUACCUGGAAUUGGUAGCAUUUUAUCAUUUAAUGAUGAACAAAUCAGAGAGCAGCAUGAUGAAAUAAGUAUAGAAAAUGUUAAAUCAGAAGAUGUUGAAAGUGAGAAAAUGGAUAUAUUUGUUGAACCACAAGCUGAU